AAAAUUAAGUUUACCUUCCGUGAUUUAAGUGUUGGCUGUUGUGAAAACUUGCAGGUGUAUUUGUGAAGAUUUUCGUCAUGUAUCAUCAGCCUGUGCUGAAAAACAGGCGAACACUUCUCGAAAGAGCAGAGAAAUUUAUCUCCGAUAUUUAUUUCACCGACUGCAACCUGAGAGGACGACUCUAUGGAGACUCUUGCCCGCUGGAGUCCAUCGCCUCCUUCUUGUCCUCAAAACGGAUCACAUUCCUGGACGCUUCCCAGCAGAUCUUUGCACCUCAUAAAGUGGGUGAUACCUUUGGACCCACGUGGUGGACAUGCUGGUUCAAAGUGACCCUGAAAAUCCCCGAGUCCUGGAGAGGGAAAGAGGUUCAUCUCCUGUGGGAAAGUGAUGGAGAGGCAAUGGUUUGGAGAGAUGAGCAGCCAGUUCAGGGCCUGAGUAAAGAGGGAGAAAAGACAUGUUACAUCCUGUCUGACUGUCUGAAAGAUGACGAGCCACACAGUCUCACCCUUUAUGUGGAGGUUGCCUGUAAUGGGCUGUUUGGCGCUGGUCAGGGGACCUUUAUUGCAGCACCAGAUCCGAACAGGAAGUUUUCUGUACAAAAAGCCGAGCUGGUGGUUUUGAACCGAGACGUACGUGAGCUGCUGACUGAUUUUGAGAUGCUGAUUGACAUUGUAAAGGAACUCGGAGAGGGAGAGCAGCGAGGCUACCAGGCGCUCUUCGCUGUCAAUGAGAUGGUGAAUCUCUGCGACCCGUCGGACCCGAGCACUUUUCCGAAAGCUCGCAGCCUGGCUCACAACUUCUUCAGCCAGAAGAACGGAGAGAGCCAGCACACGGCGCACGCCAUGGGUCACUGCCACAUAGACUCAGCUUGGCUUUGGCCCUAUGAAGAGACCAUUCGCAAAUGUGGCCGCAGCUGGGUGACAGUGAUCCGUCUAAUGGAGAAGAACCCAGACUUUGUCUUUACCUGCUCUCAGGCACAGCAGUUCCAGUGGGUGAAGAGCUGGUACCCCGGACUCUUCUCGCAGAUUCAGCUUUACGUCAAGAAAGGACAGUUUAUUCCAGUCGGGGGAACGUGGGUGGAAAUGGAUGGUAACCUGCCUUCAGGUGAGUCUAUGGUGCGGCAGUUCCUGGAGGGCCAGCGAUUCUUUAACCAAGAGUUUGGGAUCCUUUGCAAAGAGUUCUGGCUGCCGGAUACAUUUGGCUACUCAUCCCAACUUCCUCAAAUAAUGCAGGGCUGCGGCAUUUCCAAUUUCCUGACACAGAAGCUCAGCUGGAACCUGGUCAACACCUUCCCUCACAACACCUUUUUCUGGGAAGGUCUGGAUGGCUCCAAGGUUUUAACUCACUUCCCACCGGGAAAUUCCUACGAAAUGAAGGGCAAGGUUGAAGACUUGGUGAAAACUGUGAAGAACAACAAAGACAAGGGCAGGGCCAACCACAGCGCAGUGCUGUUUGGUUUUGGUGACGGUGGGGGCGGACCCACACAGCUCAUGCUGGACAGACUGCAGCGGGUCCAGGACACAGAUGGACUUCCCAAGGUGCAGACGUCGAACCCCCACAGGCUUUUCUCUCAGCUUCAAAGUGACUCAGCUCUGCUCUGUACUUGGACUGGAGAGCUCUUCCUGGAGCUGCACAAUGGCACCUACACCUCACAGGCGCAGAUUAAACGAGGGAACCGUCAGUGUGAGACGCUUCUUCAUGACGUCGAGAUAGCCAGCAGCCUGGCGCUGUGUCGAGACAGGACAUUUCGGUAUCCUGUGGAAAAACUGCAGGAGCUCUGGAGGCUGCUUCUCCUGAACCAGUUUCAUGAUGUGAUUCCGGGCAGCUGUAUAGAGCUGGUUGUGGAGGAUGCACUCAGGUAUUAUGAAGAUAUUCGUAGGGAUGGAGCUACACUGCUACUUGAUGCCUGUGGCGCCUUGGGGUCAAAAGGAGACUCUGCUGGUGUUUUCAACUCUCUGCCAUGGACGCGCCAUGAGGUCGUCCAAAGAGAAGAUGGUGCUGGUAAACCUGGUCUGGCUCUGGUGAAUGUGCCCAGCUUGGGUCUGUGUCCGGUCAAAGACACUCACCCUGUGGCUCCUGUCUCUGUCACCGUUCAGGCUGACGGCACUGUCGUCAUGGAGAACAGGAUUUUACAGGCUGUUAUAAACAAAGAUGGAACGUUGGCGUCAUUGUGUUUGAUCGAUACAAACAGUUUUAGAGAAGCCAUCUCUGAGGGAUGUCAUGGGAACCAGUUUGUCAUGUUUGAUGAUGUCCCUCUCUACUGGGACGCUUGGGAUGUCAUGGACUACCACCUGCAGACAAGGAAGCCAGUGCUGGAGGUGGUGCAGCCUGCCCAUGUGCUGUCCUCAGACCCCCUCAGAGGCAGGGUCAGCUUCACCCUCAGGAUCAGUGAUAAGAGCACCAUCACACAGGAGAUCGUCAUGGACGCCAUGUGUCCUUACAUUAAGUUCAACACAGAGGUGAAAUGGGCUGAGUCACACAAGUUUCUUAAGGUGGAGUUCCCUGUGCGGGUACACAGCCCCAACGCCACCUAUGAGAUCCAGUUUGGCCAUCUGCAAAGACCCACACACAGGAACACCUCAUGGGACUGGGCCAGAUUUGAGGUUUGGGGUCACAAAUGGGCGGAUUUGUCCGAGCACAACUUUGGAGUUGCACUCCUGAAUGACUGCAAAUACGGCUACUCAGUCCACAAGAACACUAUGACUCUGUCCCUACUGAGAGCUCCAAAGGCUCCAGACGCCAACGCUGACAUGGGGACUCAUCGUUUCACCUAUGCAAUUAUGCCACACUCAGGAUCCUUCCAAGAUGCCUCCGUCAUCCAGAGCGCCUACAACCUCAACUUCCCUCUGAGGUCGAUCCGGUGCGUUCCUGACACCGAGCCCUGGAGUGCCUUUUCCGUCAGCACCACAGCCGUGAUCCUUGAGACCAUUAAAAAGGCAGAGGACAGGAAGGGGGCACUUGUACUCCGUCUCUAUGAGGCGCACGGGAGUCACGUGGCUGCAACGCUCUGCACCGCACUUCCAGUCCGAGAAGCUUGGCAUUGUGAUCUGUUGGAGAGAGCGGACCCCUCCAUGCAAGCACACAUGACGUCAGAGGGAAUCACCAUCAACUUCAGCCCAUUUCAAAUUGUGUCGCUUCUCCUCAUCUUGUAAAUUCGCAUUUUACAGAGACUCAGGGUAAACACACACUGAUUAUUAGGACAGCAUUUUUGUCCUAUUGGUAGAAACUACUCAAAUCUAAUAAAUAUAGCAUCUGGAGAUGGUCCUUUGGCAACUUAUCAGGACACUAAUAUGAAAAGAAUAAUUUUUCAUAGAUCACUAAGAGAAUGUGAGCCUGCCAUCAAAUCAAUACAAAUUUGCACACAUGGCCUAGCAGUUAAGUUGCGCCCCUUAUACAGAUGCUUUAGUCCUCCAAGUGGGCGGCCCGGGUUCGAGUCCAACCUGUGGCUCCUUUCCCGAAUGUCAUUCCCCACUCCUCUCUCCCGAUUUCUGACUAUCCACU